CGAAGAUAUCGAAAACUUCUGUGGGAUGGACGACGAAGCUAUUUGCAAAUACAAUAUAGAGGAACAAGAGCCCUACUGUGACUGUGAGGAUGAAAAUCAAGUUUAUAUUGAAAAGAACCGGAAGUGUCGAACCACCUGCUCUGAUGAUGACGACGAGCGAUCAUGCAAGUUUGAAGCAGAAUGUGAAGAAACAGAGAAGGGACACUUUUGCUCGUGCCCCAAAGGAACUUCUGGUGACUUUUGCGAAAAGGUUGACAAAUGUCAAAAUAAAACAGAAUUAUGGAAGCUCUGCGGAAAAAGUAAAAAUGUAAAGUGUUCCUAUAAUGUUGAGAACAAAGAUGCUUAUUGCUUUUGUGAUGAUGAAAGUCAAAAAUUCAACGAAGCGACGAAAAAAUGCACAACUACUUGCGACGCUGAUACCGCAUGUUUCAACAAGGGAACUUGUCCAACAACAGAAGAUCCGGCAUUUUGCAAAUGUGGAGAAGGUUUCAGCGGGGAUCGAUGUGAGGUUAUCGACGUGUGUACUGGGGAGAAUCCGCUGUGUGGAGAUGAAAAAGACGUAGAUUGCGUUUACGACGCCGAAACAGACAAGCCAGUUUGUAAAUGUAAAGAAGGAAAGGAAUUUGAUUACACAACGAAAACUUGCAGAGAACAAUGUGACAAAGUAACAAAACCGUGCCAGAAUGAAAUGGCAUGCCUUCCAGACGAACAAGGGAAGAACUUUUGUCAGUGCAAUAAUACCUUGAGCGGAGAUUUCUGUGACACAGUGAACGCUUGCAAAGUGAAAGACUUUUGCGGCACUGGCUCGGGUGUUGACUGCGUGUAUGACUCUAACUCUGAAACGAAUGCUGCUUGCAAAUGUCAGGACACAAGCAAGAAGUUUGAUUCCACAUUAAAGAUGUGCAGAGAAACAUGCGUGAAUGACAGCGUUUGUGAAUACGGCAGUUUAUGCGUAGAAGAGUCUUCUAGCAAGAACAAAUUUUGUCGCUGUAGAGAUGGACUAUCUGGAGAUUUCUGUAACGUAAUAAGUGAUUGUGAAAAGGUAUGUGGAAGCGGAGAUGAUGUUUCGUGUGUAUUUAACGUUACGAAUGGAAAAGUGAACUGCAAUUGCAUGAUUGAGACUAAACGCUUUGACAAAGUUACGAAAAUGUGUCGAGUACCGUGUAAUGGCACUGACUGCAAGAGUGAUUCCACGUGCAGAAGGUACAGCAACGACCCGGAAAGAGACGACAGUGACAUCACAAAUGACGAUGCCACCUUUUGUCGCUGUUGGCCAGGAACCAGAGGAGAUUUCUGCGAAAAAAUCGACGACUGUGUAAACGGGAAGGUUGAUUGUGGGGAUGACGAAGGUGCCGUCUGCGUGUAUUCACAUUAUAACUACAAAGGCUACUGCACCUGUCCUGAAGAAAAGAAGGAGUACGAUACCAUCACAAAGAAAUGCUUAGAUUGUGACUGCGGGCCUUUGGCUCAAGGCUGUUAUAUUUCAGAGGGUAAGAAAGGGUGUAAUUGCAUGGACAGAGCUUACGAAAAAGAUAACUACUGUUACGGUAAGUGUAAGCAAAUAGUUUUGUAUAGAUGCAUUCACUCUUUUUAUAAAUCUUAUUACUAAAAGCAAAGUGACUGUUCAGGAGACCAAAAGUGCCUCUCAACACUGUUUUAGC